AUGGCGGCGGCGGCUCGUCUAGGCUGGUUGCUCGCCAGUGCUGUGCCAGGGCAUCGCCGCCAGGGAGGCUGCGUGGGGCCCGUGGGUACUGGGCAUCAGUCUGGAGGAAGACGGAGACAAGGACGUGGGGUGGGAGUGCGCCUCUUCGGCUCAGGCGUGGCCAACAGCUCCUGGUCCUGGGUGGCCCCCGAGGGGCCCGUGUGGCCCUGGGUCGGCCGCGCCCUGGGCGUGUUGUUGCUGCUGGCCAGCCUGGCGCAGGCGGCGCUGGCGGUGCUGCUGUACUGCAUGGCCGGGCAGCGCGCCGUGCCCUCUGUGCUGGGCAGCACGGGGCUCGUGUUCCUCGUGGGCAAGGUGCUGCCAGCUGCCGUGAGCGGGCGCUGGGUGCUGGCGCUGGCCCCACCCGCGCUGCUCCUCAGCCGCCUGACCAUGCUGCUGACCCUGCCGGUGGCACUGCCCGCGGGCCAGCUGCUGGAGAAGGCAGCGCGGCCCGGGCGGCUGCAGGAGUGCAUGUUGGAGUUGGCCCGCGGCGGCAGCGGCCCCUACAGUGACCUCAGCAAGGGCGUGCUGCGCUGUCGGACCAUGGAGGAUGUGCUCACGCCGCUCGAGGACUGCUUCAUGCUGGACUUCGGCGUCCUGGCCAGCAUCAUACAGAGUGGCCACAAGCACAUCCCGGUGCACGAGGAGGAGCGCUCCAACAUCGUGGACAUGCUGUACCUCAAGGACUUGACCUUCGUGGAUCCCGAAGACUGCACGCCGCUCAGCACCAUCACCUGCUUUUACAACCAUCCGCUCCACUUCGUCUUCAACGACACCAAGCUGGACGCCGUCCUGGAGGAGUUCAAACGAGGGAAGUCUCACCUGGCCAUCGUGGAGAAGGUGAACAACAAGGGUGAAGGUGACCCUUUCUACGAGGUGCUGGGCCUCAUCACCCUGGAGGACGUCAUUGAGGAGAUCAUCAAGUCUGAGAUCCUGGAUGAGUCUGAGGACUACCAAAAUGCCACCAUCAGGAAGAAGCCUGCUCCUCUGAGUGCUCCUCUCCUGCAAAAAGAGGAAUUCUCCUUGUUCAAGGUGUCUGACGAUGAAUAUAAAGUGAAAAUCUCACCUCAGCUGCUCUUGGCCACCCAGCACUUCCCGUCUCGAGAGGUGGAUGUAUUCAGCCCCCUGCGAAUCUCCAAGAAGGUCCUGCUGCACCUGCUGAAGCAUCCCAGCGUCACAGAAGUGAGGUUUCACGAGAGCAACCGUCUGGCUGCACACCAUUACCUGUACCAGUGCGGCCAGCCAGUGGAUUAUUUCAUUCUCAUCCUGCAGGGCAGGUUUGAGGUGGAGAUUGGGAAAGAGGGCCUGAAGUUCGAGAACGGAACCUUCACCUGCUACGGAGUGUCCACCCUGACAGCGCCGUCCUCGGUUCACCAGUCCCCAGUGUCCUCGCUCCAGUCCAUCCACCAUGACCUGCAGCCAGAGCCAGCCGAUGGUGCUUGCUUGUCUGCAUACUGUCCUGACUACACCAUGAGGGCCCUCUCCGACCUGCAGCUCAUCAAGGUCACGCGGCUGCAGUACCUCAAUGCACUCCUGGCCACUCGAGCCCAGACCCAGUUGGGGGAGCAAGAGGGCGCCAGGGGAUGGUUGGUGGUGGGCUUUCUACUUUGCCUUUUUCUCCUUAUGCCCCCUUACUGA